GCUCACAUGAAGCAGCGGCUCGCAUUUUCACACUCAGCCGUGUGUUUUUUGAAGCCUUUAGUCAGUGAUGCUGGACAGGAGGCCUGGUUAAUGUGCUGCAUGUUGUUGGCGGGUUAUUUGUGUGAGCAACAACACAACCGCUGCUAGUCUGGAGGGUCAUUUUCAGGAGACACAAUCAUCGAUAUGGGGUUUGUUUUUUGCAGGUACUGAGCUCUGAACUUAAGAUUUUCUUUCCCUGAGACAUGGAGACGAUAUGGCUCUACCAGUUUCGUCUGAUCGUCAUCGGAGACUCCACGGUCGGCAAGUCGUGUCUGAUCCGCAGGUUCACAGAGGGCCGCUUCGCCCAGGUGUCCGACCCCACCGUGGGGGUGGACUUCUUCUCCCGCCUGGUGGAGAUCGAGCCGGGAAAAAGGAUCAAGCUUCAGAUCUGGGACACAGCGGGACAGGAGAGGUUCAGGUCCAUCACCAGGGCCUACUACCGUAACUCUGUGGGUGGUCUCCUGCUGUUUGACAUCACGAACCGUCGCUCCUUCCAAAACGUUCAUAACUGGCUGGAGGAGGCUCAGAGCCACGUCCAGCCGCACAGCAUCGUCUUCCUGCUGGUGGGCCACAAGUGCGACCUUGAGGCCCAGCGUCAGGUGACCCAGCAGGAGGCCGAGAAGCUGGCAGGGGCCUUUGGGAUGCGAUACGUGGAGACAUCGGCGCGAGACGCCAUCAACGUGGAGAAGGCGUUUGUGGACCUGACGAGGGAAAUCUUUGAGCUGGUACGGAGCGGGGACAUCAAGAUCCAGGACGGCUGGGAGGGUGUCAAGAGCGGAUUUGUUCCUAACACCGUCCACUCCUCCGAGGAGGUCACCAAGGGCAGCCGGCAGUGCUUCUGCUGAUUUACCCAAGUGGACUCCAUUUGUAGAAGAUCCCUGUUUGGCUGCUCUCAGUCCAGUUUUUGGGACUCGUAAUGUUCCCCUGCUCAGUUACACACUUUACUUCUAUAUAUAAGACAUUAUUUUAUCAUUCGGGUGCCUGUUCAUGGCUCUGUCCAAAAUUAGGACACUUUGUCGAUGUUCUUAGCAGGUGUAGAAGCACAAGAAGCAUCUUAACUCCUCACUUUUCUGUGUGCAUGUGUGUGUAGCUGUAAUAACCCUGCUGUCUUUGCAGCUGUUACGAACACCUUAGCUUUACUCCACUUUUGGCCUUUCCUGAUGUGUACAGUUAUACUGCAGUGGCUGGUUCUGUUGUUGCCUCACAUCUCUAAAAGACUGUCAGUGUAGUGUGCGUUCAAUCAUGCGUCGACAUGAGUUUCAUUUAAAUCUGAAUCAGUGAUGCCAAGACUGAGCCACGACCUCUCUCCUUUUCAUGUAUAAUAUAUUGCAACCUUGUGUGGAGCAACAGCCUCACUGACUGAUUGUACAUGUGUGCUACAAAUCUGAGUGGCUUAACGCAUAAAGAGGGCGGAGGAUAAAGAAAACGUACUCCAGUUGAACCAAAGUUUGAGGCGCUGUCAUGUUUUGUGUAUCCGACUGCUGAAGAACGAGUUUGCACAGUGAAAAUGUUCAAUGCUGGAAGGAAAACGUGCUGUAGCUGCUCUCUGACGGCCUUUAUGACCCGAUCAUAGCAAGAGUUUUAUCAGUCUGGUGGGCACCCAGUGUGUGUUUACGGAAACAGGUAAGACACAACCCUAAAGCUUUUUGUAUGGAACCCCAAAUCAAAUAAUAAUGAAAAAAAAACAACAAACAUAAUGAAUCAUGUGAAUAAAUUGUGUAAAAUACAUGAAA